AUGCCACCCUCCAGCAUAACCAGCGAUAAUGAACGACUCGAACCGCGCCUUCUCCGCGCAGCAGAAAGCAACGACGUCCCCUCUCUCCAGCACAUCCUCGCCCUCGCCACAGAAUGCAACCAACUAAACGACAACUUCCUCCGAAUAGGACUCAUGCGCAGCGCCGAGCGCGCCGGCUACACCGCAACCCAAUAUCUCCUCUCCCGCGGCGCCAAAACAGACGUCGCCUCGAACCGCGUAACGCCACUCCACCGCGCCGUCGAGCGAGACCACUACCCGAUCGUGGAAUUGCUCCUCGACGCAGGUGCCAGCCCCAACACCACCGACAAAGAGGGCCGCACGGCCCUCAUGACCGCCGCAUGGAAAAACCACGUCGAUAUCCUGCAGCUGCUGAUUGUGCGCGGGGCGGAUGUGAAUGCGUGUGAUGCGCGGAAGAGAAAUGCGCUGCAUAAUCUUGCGGCGGAUAAGGCUUGUCGGUGGGGGUGGGGGGAGGAGGUGGUGAGGUAUUUGUUGGCUGCGGAGUGUCGGGUGGAUGCGCAGGAUGAGCUUGGACGUACGCCGUUGCAUUGGGCUUGCGCGACGGGGAAUGCGAGGUUGGCGGAGAUGUUUGUCUCAGAGGUUGGUAUUGAUGCUGUUGAGUUGAGGGGGAAGACGGCUUUGCAUGUUGCUACUGCGCAUGAUCGUGAUGAUAUUGUGAGGUUGUUGUUGGCGCAUCGUGCGGAUAUUAAUGCUACGAGUGAUGGUGGUUGGACGCCUUUGCAUAAUGCUUGUGAUAAGGGGUGUGAGAAGAUUGUGAGGAUGUUGUUGAUGGAGGGCGCGGGGAUUAAUGCGCAGCUGUUGAAUGGGGUGACGCCUUUGCAUCUUGCUGCUCAGGGGGGUCAUCGGGAGGUGGUGGAGUGUUUGCUUGAGAGAGCGGAUUUAAAGAGAAGAGUGAGGGAUAACUUUGGGAGUACGCCCUUUCUGCGCGCGGCGCAGUUCAAGAGGAAGGACGUGGUGCUGUUGCUUGCGCCGUUCAACAAUGUCGAGAGUCUGUCCGAAGAUGUAAAGGGGGCGUGUGCGGCGUUUGAUGCGACGGUGGUGGAUUUCGGCAACUUCCACAAUGAGAAUCGAGUCAAGCGCAUGUCUGUCUUCGAGCUGCUGUAUGGCAGAGACAAGGAGAACCCGCGGAAACAGGCUGUCACGACCGUCCCGGCUGAUAGUCGAGCCACCGAGUUCAGGUGGAUUCACCUGCCGGCCAACAAUAUGGCCUGGGUGGAGGCUUUGCUCACCAAGUCGUUCAUCGAGGAGGGAGCCCACGACGUGGAUGGCUUCAAGGGCCUGGAGAAGUCGUUCAAUUAUCAGCACCGUGGCCAGAGGACGCACUCGCACUUCAUGCGGCCGCUGUGUCAGAAUACACCACGCAGAAUGCUGCGACGUCACGAAGAGGACACCUCCGAGGAACCGGUGUCUGAUCAUGGACACGCCAAAUCCAACGACCGUAAGCACAAGAGCCCUGGCAAGAUUGAACGAGUCGAUUCCUACGACGACGAUGGCCCUCACGGGAAGAAGAAGAACCAGAAACGGGGAAAGUCAGGCAGCGCACCAGGAACCCCCAAGAACGAAGUCAAGGGCAAGUCGCCGUGGGAGAAAGCAAAGUCGUCUCUCUCUUCAUCAAUGUGUAAAGAGCCUCAUCCCCUGGUAUCCACUUGCAAUGUCUGCGUCUUCAUGCCCUACCUACAUUUUGAGACCACCGAGCGACGACAGAAAAUGCAGGAUGCGAUCUCCCGAGCAGAGACACUGACAUUCCCAAGUACAGCCAUGAAGCGAAUGCGGACAAAAGAUGAGAUGCUGAUUGAUGCCCAUCUCUCGUCCUCGACAACCUCGCUACAUGUGCGCCGAACACUGGAUCAAUUCUUCUAUCCCAACAUUGACACCCAGAGCCGCGACCAAGACCAAGUGGUGUUCCGAUACCAGACCAAAAGCCCUGGCAUGGGAUCCGAUCCCAAGAUUUUCAUGGUCGAUCAACUGUGGAUGUGGGUUUUGGGCACGAAUCUCAUCGUGACGGCCUUCCCACAGAGAUGGGAUCAGCCGAAGAACGACCCACUAAAUGUACUAGACGGGAUUAUCGAGGACAUCAACUCCAAGACUCGAGACCCCGUUCGCUCCGUGUACGACCUGGCGAUGAUCAUCACCAAUCGUUGCUCGGGCGUGUUCGAUCGCCAUCGGCUGGGCGACGAGGAGUAUCAAUUUUUGGAUAUGUUCGAGUCAUCUAUCGGCAUAGCAACGGAUAAGGAAACACUUCUCUUCAACCAGUUCAACCACGCCUCCGUUCAGGCAUCGGACUGGCUCAAAAGCCACCGCAAACUUGACGGAUCUUUCAGCUCAUCCCGUACGAAAUCCGUCGAUGGGACGGACGAAGACGGCCUGAGCAGCGAUUACUGCGACGAAUAUGGCCAGCCAUUGUUCGUUGACCGACUGCUCGAUAUCGGCCAGGAGACAGAUCUCCUCGCAGAGACAAAAGAUAUUCGCGACGAACUGAACAUGAUUCGCACUGUACUGGAGCAUCAGAAGUACGUGCUGAUUGACUUCCAAGAUGUAACCUGCGAGACAUACCAAGGCCAGAACCGCUCGCAAGUCGACGUCAAGAAACGAUUCAAAGACCAGCAGCGCGUCAUCGACAUGCAUCUGAAAGACAUCGAUCGCAUGGACAAACAAGCCGAGCGAAUCUACCACUCCAUCACGGACCUGCUAGAUCUCAAGCAAAAACACGCCAACGCCUUCGAAGCCCGCUUCGCUCGCGAUCAAGCAGCCGGCACAACCCGCCAAAGCAAAACAAUCAUGGUCUUCACCAUCGUCACCAUCGUUUUCCUACCCCUCUCAUUCAUCAGUUCAAUAUUCACCAUCAACCUGAAACAAUUCGAGAAUCUGAACCUGGGAUACGUGGCAAAAUACACCUUCGGAAUCGGCUUUGCGAUCUCCAUCCCUCUCGUCUGGGUCGCUUUGACGGUCGAUGAUAUAGGCGGUUUCUUCCGCGUGAGCAGUCGACGCUGGCGGUCGAGAAAUAAGCCUCCCGCGGAGCAGACAUCGAUCCAGGCCUUGGAAAUGGAGAGGAUCAUUAGUAUUUCGCGGAUGCGUCGUAGUGUGGAUGUUGAGUAUCGUGGGAAUUUGCUGCCUCUUUCGACGCGCGGGUCCGUUGUCUCCAGAGGUCCGGAGUUGUAUCCUGCUGGACUGGGGAUUUCACGGAAGAGUUAUGAUUUACGAUCUAGUCAGGACUAUAGAUCACGAUGA